AUGGCCGAAAAAUUCCCACCUUUGGAGGACGAAACGUUCGAAUCAGAAGUGGCUUCUGGACGUGAAGAAACAGAUUUCUUGAAAAGAGAGGCAGAACUGCUAGGAGACGAAUUCAAGACCGAGGAAGAUUCGGAGUUUUUGAAAAACGACGAAGAAGAAGACUUCGGCGAUUUCACAGAAGUACCAGCGGACUCGGAAGACACCGGAGUGCACCACAGCGAAUCGACAACAGGCGAAAACGACCUGUACGAUCAAGCACAAGACUCACAGGCCAAGAAUACGGUGUCGAGACAAACAGAAUCGCAGGCGAUCGCCGAAUGGAAAGAGUCCCGGGACAGAGAAGUCAAAGAACGAGACGUAGUCCAGGAGGAGGCCAAAACCAAGCUACAAGAGGAAGCCGUAAAACACAUGGACGAUUUCUACGAAAACUACAACCGCAAGAAGGAACAGCAGAUCAAAAGCACAAGAGAAGAGGCCGAAAAGUUUCUCAAAGAAAAGCAGGAGUUUUCCAGCCAGGGCAAUUCGACGUGGGACCGUGUGCUGCAGCUGAUAAACGUGGAUGACGCAGACCUUGUGAACGGCAGAGAUCGGUCCAAAUUCAAGGAGAUCCUUCUUAAGGUCAAGGGAAACCCCAGUGCGCCAGGAGCAUAG